AUCAGCGGACAUGUUUAUGAAAUCACUGGUCUGCGGUGACAGCCUCCGGUGAAUCGGCCCCUGGAGAGAAGAAGAGGCCGCUGACAGGAGCCGUCGAUGCUGGACUCUCUGAUCCAUCAGCUUUAGGAUCUGUGAGGCCGGAGACAGACGACCGCUCAGUCGUCCAUCGAACCAGCGACAUGAUGGCCUCCAGCGACGUGGACACCCGGGUGGAAGGGUCUUUGCUUUCCGACCAGAAUCCAUCAGAAAUGGACGCUCUGUGUCCCUCGCCCCCCGGACCCACCCGACCCCAGCGCCACUACGAGAGGAUCGGAGGGCAGACGGGAACUUCGUUCUGUCAGACUCUGAUUCACCUGCUGAAGGGGAACAUUGGGACUGGGCUGCUGGGUCUGCCUCUGGCUGUGAAGAAUGCAGGUCUGGUGCUCGGCCCAAUCAGCCUCCUGUUCAUGGGGGUGAUCGCAGUUCACUGUAUGAGGCUGUUGGUCACAUGUUCUCACCACCUGAGUGCAAAGGUGAACCGGCCGUCUCUCACCUACGGCGAGGCGAUGCAGCACGGGAUGGAAAACGUGUCGUGGCUCAGGAGACAUUCCCACUGGGGAAGACGAAUCGUGAACGUGUUCCUCAUCAUCACGCAGCUCGGAUUCUGCUGCGUCUACUUCGUCUUCCUCAGCGACAACGUCAAACAGGUGGUGGAAGCAGCCAACGCCACCACCUUCAACUGCUACAUGAACUACACCAAUCAGACGGAGGUGGUGGUGCCGAGCUUCGACUCGCGCCUCUACAUGCUCUGCUUCCUGCCGGCCGUCGUGCUGCUGGUCUUCACCCCCAACCUGAAGUACCUGGCCCCCUUGUCCCUGGUGGCCAACCUGAUGAUGUCAGCCAGCUUGGUUCUCAUCUACUGGUACUCCAUCACGAACAUCACAGACCCCACCAACCUCCCGAGAGUGGGCAGAGCCAAAGACUACCCCCUCUUCUUCGGGACGGCCAUCUUUGCCUUUGAGGGGAUUGGAGUGGUUCUUCCCCUGGAGAACAAGAUGCACCGGCCUCAGAGCUUCACCCUGGUUCUGUAUGUCGGGAUGAGCAUCGUCACCUUCCUCUACAUCAGCCUCGGCACCAUCGGGUAUCUGUGCUUUGGAGAGCACGUCGUCGGGAGCAUCACGCUCAACCUGCCAAACUGCUGGACUUACCAGGCGGUGAAGCUCCUCUACUGCUUUGGCAUUUUCAUCACCUUCGCCCUGCAGUUCUACGUUCCAGCGGAGAUCCUCAUCCCGCCGGUGCUGGCCCGCGUCUCUGAGAGAUGGGAGAUGGCCGUCGACCUUCUGCUUCGCACCCUCUUGGUCAUCUUCACAUGCGCCCUCGCCGUCCUGAUACCGGAGCUGGACCUGGUCAUCUCGCUGGUGGGCUCGGUCAGCAGCAGCUUCCUGGCGCUGAUCUUCCCUCCGCUCCUGCAGCUCGUGACUUAUUACCCCGAGGGUCUGUCGCCCCUGGUGACCGGCAAGAACACGCUCAUCAGCCUGGUGGGUCUGAUCGGAUUCCUCACAGGCACGUACGCCGCCCUGGAGCAGAUCGUCACCCGGAACUCCCUCAAGCACGAAGAGACCUUGUCCUCCUACAUGGUGCACUGAGGAGGAGGAGCAAGGAGGAAAAGGAGGAGGAGGAGGAGGAGGAGCAGUGACUCUCAGGAGGUGGGGCUGAACCACCAGGACAUUCUAGGGCACAUUUUAAGGUUUUGUUUUUCUUCUUUGACCUGCUGCUGUCGGACACAGCAGCGUUUCAGGAUCAGUCUCUGAAGUGUUGAGGCCGUGUGACGCGUUGUGUGACACUGUGUUACAUUGUGUGACGCUGUGUUACGUUGUGCGACGCCAUGUGACGCUCGAUGUCGUGUUUCAUUCGGUCACCUCCGUACUUCCGUGACCUGUACCUACUCACAUCUCGUCAAUCACAGCCUCUUUGUGCAGUUUCAUGAUAACAAAAUGAUGGUUAAGGCUAAAUAAUUCCUUCGUGUACAGAAUCAAGGGUUUUCGAGGUUCAGCCUGAACAUAUAUAUAUAUAUAUAUUAUAUAUAUAUAUGUUUUUAAAUAUUUCAGUCAGAAAAUCCAACUACCUCACAAACUGGUAUCGAUUUGGUCUUUUAAAACGUUUCCAAACCCCUUCGGCCCAAACAGCGUCUCGCUUAGAUCUUCUCUAGUUGAACUAAUCAUGCAGAAAAAAGUUUGUAUUAACAAUCUUCAUGUUGUGUUGCACUUUAAUUCAUGCCUUACUCUGUGAACCAGAACGACUCUGAGGGUAGUUUAGACACAAAUUUGCACAAACUGUAAAUCAUUUAACUGAAAAAUCAGAACAAAACUACGACGAAGUAUAAAUGGAAUAAACACGGGGGCUAAGAGAAUAAAGUCCUAAUAUUACAAGAGGGAAAGUGUGAUAGUACAAGAAUUAAGUAAAUCUGAAUAUUUGAAGUAAUAUGAGAAGUGGAGGAGGAAAUGUUUGUUCGUGGGCGACUGAGGUCGGUGGUUCGGUCUCAAAUUCAAAAGCUUUCAAGAGUUUUACAAAGAGUGAAACUCCAGCGAGCACAGAUUCUCCUCGACUCUUAUUUCUCAAAAUCUUACUUUCAACAUCACAUCACACUUUAUUCUUUGUUACGACUUUAAUCUUUAUUCUUUAUUCUUGUCCCCUAAUAUUCUGUCAAACAAACAGUGUUGUGUAUCAAAAUGGUUCUGAAUUUGAAUCCAGUUCUACAUGAAUUAGAACAUUCAGUCUUUUGCCUUUUGCUUUUCACUUUAUCAGAUCCCGACAGUGAGAUUCUCACCUGCUCGGUCACACUGACCAAAAGAAAACAGAGGAUUCCUCAUCGUGUAAUUCAGACAUGUGUGUCUCAUAAGUAUGAUCAUGAUCAUAAAACGAGCUUCGUCUUAUAAUAACACAAAUAUACAAACUUUAGUGUGAUCGUUUUAUCUAUGGAUAUGUAACGGACUGUAAACACGUCUACUUCCUCUUACUGUACAAAAAUGAAGCCAAAAUAUCUUGGAUACGAAACCAGUCCCAUAUUGAGCAGUUUGGUCCUGGUCCCAUCCACUAACAUGGAGGAGGCGGAGUUUAUGACCGGUACCGCAGCCAGCCACCAGAGGGAGAUCCAGAAAUUUUGGCUUCACUUUUUCAGGAUGAGUCAUGUCGUCCAUCUUUCUUUUCGGUGUCUGGUCCAGAUGUGUCAGGAUGUUGUGGUCGGGUCGUUUAAAAACAAAAAAAAGGGAAGUUUCUUAAAUGUUGUUUGUCAAAUUUGUUUUUCUUUGUUUAUCCUUGUGAUGAACUUUAAUAAUCAGCCUCAACAUCUGCAUUGAAAAUGCUGCUUUAAAAAAGGACAAACUACUGAUUCACGUAAAAUCUUAAGGAAAAUAAACAUUUGACGAAAAAUCUAAAAGAAUAUUUAUAUUUUAUUUUUCAUUUACGUUUUAAAAGCCAGGAUGUCACAAGAAACCAGAUUUUCUGAACCAAACUUUAAUAUAUUUCAGCUUGAACAAGUUCAUUUAUGUGGGACCUCUUCUGUGUAACAAUUUCUUUUUUUUUUCUGUCUUUAAAACUUUAUUUUUAUGAUCCGAUUCUUUUUUUAAAUGUGUUUUUGUUUAAAUGUAUUUACAAAGAUUAAUUCUGUAUUUUUAAAUAGUUUUUUAUUCACCCAGCAUGCAUCUGUUAGAGCUUACAACUAAGUUUUAUUUCAGUUUCAUCACAGAGACUCUGCAUGUCAUGUAACAUGUAUGUAGAAAAAAACUUCUCGCCGAGCUGCAGGAAUCAGGUUCGUUCUCGAGCUUCAGUCGAGCGACGAAGGAGAAACGUGGAACUCGUCACUUUGUCCUUUGUCUCGAGUCUCAUGUGUACAGAUGUUGAUGGUUUGUGUCACAGCUGAAUUAGAUUUUUGUGAAUAUACACGUGUACAAAUGUAAUCUUUGAUGACGACGGAUCUCUUCAACCAGCUCAGUAUUUUUAAAUCAACCAGUUCAGUCCAUCACAGCUUGUCGCUCAGAGUAAAUAACAGUUAAAAUACCAA